AUGGCUUCAGAUCAAGAGGAGGACGACUUCCUCGAUUUUUCCGAUGAUGAAGGAGACAGCACGAAAUCUGAUUCAGAUUAUGAUGAUGAUGAGACAACACAAUCUCUGGCACAAAAUGCUGAAAGUGAAGUAAAUGCUCAUCACAUUGGGGACUUUGAGCAUAACCAACAAUUGCCAGAUCUUAAUGAAGUGGGACAAGAAGAUGCACAUGAAUGUGAAGUGGGACCACAUCAUACAUCAGGUAUAUCAGAUAACCACUCAGUUCCAUUUUUGUUUGAUUUGAACAUGCCAGCACAACAAGAGUUCCCACCAUCUCCAAUUCAUCAAACAGAAACACAACAAAAUCAUCAUAAGCCUAAAACCCUUAGGAUUAACAAUGAAUUAAGGUUGGAAAUCUUGUUGUUCCUUCUCUUAAGGAAAAAAAAAGAUUCAGAAGAACUCAUUUAUGGGACAAUUAGGCAGGUUGUUAUAAAGUUUGAUUACACAAGGCAGGCAAUUAGAAAAAUAUGGCAAAGAGCAGUAGAACAAAAGGUGGCCAUGGAUUCAUAUCUUUGUGAGAGCAGAUAUCACAACUGUGGGAGGAAGAGAAUUCAAAUAACAUAUGAAUCUAUAGCAUCUAUAGGCAUGGGGGACAUAACAAGCAUAGUUGAUCUUGCACAGAUGCUGCAUUUGAGUCCAACAACAGUUUGGAGAAUGGUGAAAAGAAAACAGAUCAAAGCACAUUCAAGUCCCUUGCAUCCAGGCAUUUCAGAUGAAUGCAAGAUGACAAGGAUGAGGUGGGUACUUGGUCUCAUUAUGGACUACUCAAUACCAAAUGAUCCCACAUACUACAGCAUGUAUGAUUUCAUUCACAUCGAUGAGAAAUGGUUCUAUCUUACGCAAAAAAGUCAAAGAGUCUAUUUAGCAAACAAUGAACCAUUUCCACACAGGAAGGCAAAAUCAAGAACUAAGAUACCAAAGUUCAUGUUCAUGGCAGCAGUAGCAAGGCCAAGGUGGGGACAAGAUGGGCAGUGUGAGUGGGAUGGCAAACUUGGCAUAUUCCCAUUCACAGAUUCAGUGGCAGCAAAGAGAACAUCCAAAAACAGAGUAAAGGGGACAAUUGAGACAAAACAAUCAAGUCAGUGA